AUGGGCCCCAAGCGCAAGACGGCCAGAGGUAGCUUGGCUGGUACUUCGACACCCAACAAGACGCCGACGCCUCGGCCGGAUGACGAUGCCAUGGAUAUCGAUUCCCCAGCACCUGCAGAGACCCCACGAGCAGCCGAUACUCCCACUGCGGCCAUACAUAACAACAACCCGACACUCGAAGACGUCACAUCAGAUCCCUGGACAGACGAUCAGACUUCGUCGCUCUACAAGGGCAUCAUUCGCUACAAGCCCACGGGCAUGCAUAAGCACUUCCGCAUAAUCGCUAUUUCCGAGCACCUGCGAAACCAUGGCAUCAACGCCCAUGAUAACCCGCACACGCGCAUUCCCGGCAUCUGGAAGAAGCUCAACGCGUUAUAUAACAUGGACGUGAUCGACGAGCGGGACAAUGCCGUCGAUGCCGAGGACGAGAAAAUAUGGGAGAAAUACAAGGCCUUCUCGCUGCCGGAUGAAGAAUAUUAUCAAGACGAGGCAUGGCGACGGCGUUUCCACGGUCCAGACUCGGUCGCUUCAUCGCCGCCGCAGAUAGACUUCUCCAUGGGAUCCGAGUCGGGGAGGAAGCGCAAGCGGGGUGCUGAUGGCUCUAGUGCGGCUGGCAGUGUGGCGAAGACUCGCGCUAGCACCGUGGACGAUACCGAGGAGGACAUUGCCAGUAGUCCUGUAACGAAAUCCGCCCGCGGCGCCCGAAGCCGGAAGAGAGCGGCCGUGAAAGCCAAGACCGGUAGUACCGAGCCCGAUAGCGACGAGGAAGAGGGCGACGAGGACGAGGAGAACAGUGAGCCCGAGGAUGCCGAAGCUUCUUCCACCACCAAAUCCAGUAGAGGCGCCGCAAAAAAUAAAGGCCGUGCGAGGGUCCAGACAACUUCAACUAGAAGGAGCCGAGGCCGUAAGUGA